AUUCACUCAUAAAAUUUUAAUGGUGGUGUUCAAAUCGUUUGCAACGCGCAGCGGAUAAUUUCAWAGCGAAUUUCUUGAAAAAGUAAUUUAUUCUUGAAUUAUAAUACAAUAGAUUAUAUUACAUUAAAGUAGUUGUAUUGCUAACUGUGCAAACGGUAAUAAACCAAAACAGAAGUGUAAGUGUAAAGUUAAAAAGCAACGCGUUUACUUAGCGGCAGAAAAGGUUUGUGAAAAAUUCGAUUGUGAACAAGUAGCGGCCAACCGAGCCCGAGCACAAAGUUAAAUAGUUACAAGCAAAGCAAAAUAAUUGAAAGUAAUUAGCAAAAGGCAUUUGCAACAAAAUACACUGUAUUUAAAUAGAAUAACGAGUUUACUAAUAAAAUUUGCAAUUUUGAGGUAAAAUUGUUUGUGCAGCACGCCAGCGUUUAUGUCUGCUAAUUUUCUCACUAUCGACGGCUUGUAAAUUGAGGAAGUAACUAAAAACAACAAAUAAGAAUUGAAAGCGUAUAUAUUUUAAGUGUGUUUUGCUGCAAUUUCGCUAGUCGGCCAAGCAAUACAGAAUUUUUAGUGCGUGCACAAAUACUAUUGGGCAAAAAUUUGUUAAAAAUUGCAAGUGCAGUGAAUUUUGUUUAAAAAAGGAUAAGUGUAAAGUGUAMAAAAUUCGRAAUCUAAACGGCUCUUGACAACUACGAAAAGGAUAUUUGUGCUUGAUUGUGUGUGUGCAAUAAACCUUUGAAUUUAGUUGGAUUCUUAUUGAGAUUCGUGUGCAUUAUUUUUCACGUCUGGCGCCGUUUGAGGAAUACACAUAAAGCAAAAUUAAUAAAGCAGUGUAACAGCAGCGAACAGAAAGCCAAACGAAAGGAGUUGUAAACGCAGCAUAAAAAACAAAAGCUCUCGAUUUAGCCAUCAGAAUAGGAAAUUUAUGCGACUUCCAAAGUUCGUUUGGAAUAUUUUCGAUUUUCGAAGCAUUUCUCUGCGUUCCUCACGGUCGCGCGCUCCAAGCACUCGUAGACGUCUUUCGUUGCCGCUGUGUAUGCAUUGUAUGAAUUGACGCGCGCUCAACCACAGCAACUCAAUACAACCAAAAACAACACAGCGUUGUGUUUUUAAGCACAUUUAUUCCGACUACAAGCGGAGUCAGUCGGCGGUCGUGAUUGUAGUAGGCGACAACAGCGGCAGCAAUCGCACAGAGCGCGUCGUGGGCAAUAAAAGUGUGACUUCAGCAGCAACAAGACACAGCAGCAACCGCAGCAAGUUCAAAUAACCGAAAUAAAUAAGAGCAAAAGUAUUCACAUAAAUUUACAGCAAGUACAUUAAAAGUUUAGUAAAAGUCAAAGUGAAGUGCAGAAAAUACAGGAAAAAAAGUAUAGUAAACAACAAAAGGUUGUUAAAAGUAAGAAAUCAGCACAAGUAACUAACUCAGAAAGUGGAUAUCUCAAUAGAAUCACACACACACACGAAGCGUACUCAACCACCGCUAAAGGAAAAGCUUGUAGCAGCUAUAUGUGUGUGUGAGUGUUGCAGUGAAAUUCGCUAGUGUGUUUGCAGCGAGCAAAAUUGAGUGAAGAAACGUACAAAAACAAUAGUAAAUCGUAGCAAAAUUACAACCGCAAAUACCGCAGCAAGAAGGUAACCAACAAUAACAACAACUACAAAAAUAACAGCAACAACAAAUAUGGAAGACAAUAACACAAGUACGCCAAUGAAAACCGACGAAUCAGUCACAUUAACAAUAAGGCUGAUAAUGCAAGGCAAGGAAGUCGGAAGCAUUAUUGGCAAAAAGGGCGAGAUUGUAAACAGAUUUCGUGAGGAGUCUGGCGCAAAGAUCAACAUCUCGGACGGUUCAUGCCCGGAGCGCAUUGUCACUGUGUCGGGCACGACCAGCGCGAUCUUCUCGGCAUUCACGCUCAUCACAAAGAAGUUUGAAGAGUGGUGCUCACAGUUCAGUGAUGUUGGCAAGGUUGGCAAAACUCAAAUACCAAUACGUUUAAUUGUGCCCGCCAGUCAAUGUGGAUCGUUAAUUGGAAAAAGUGGUUCAAAAAUCAAGGAGAUACGUCAAUCCACUGGCUGUUCGAUUCAGGUUGCCAGCGAAAUGUUGCCAAAUUCAACAGAGCGUGCCGUUACUUUGAGCGGCACUGCCGAGCAAAUAACCCAAUGCAUCUAUCAGAUUUGUCUCGUUAUGCUGGAGUCACCACCAAGGGGCGCCACCAUACCGUAUCGGCCAAAACCGCAAGUAUCUGGACCAGUCAUUUUGGCAAACGGACAAGCCUAUACCAUACAAGGCAACUAUGCCGUACCCGCACAAGAGACAUGUCCAGUAUUUCCGUUGGCCUUGGCCACCGGUGGCCUACAUGCUGGCAUCUCAGGUUUGACGGAUCCUCUAUUGAAAGGGGCACACUUGCAAGGAGCGGUGCCGGCUGCCCACCAUCAUCUACAGCAUAUACCCGAUGUGGCAAAGAAUCCAUUGGCUAGCUUGGCAGCGUUGGGUUUGGCUGGUAUAACACCCACCAAUACCGGUGGACUGAAUCCCACAGCAGCUUUAGCCGCCUUAGCCGGCUCGCAACUACGUACAGCCAAUACAAGUCGUACACAACAACAACAGCAUGAAAUGACCGUCUCUAAUGACUUGAUCGGCUGCAUUAUCGGAAAGGGUGGCACAAAAAUUGCCGAAAUACGUCAAAUUUCCGGUGCAAUGAUACGCAUUUCGAAUUGUGAGGAACGCGAGGGCGGCAAUACCGAUCGUACAAUCACGAUUAGCGGCAAUCCUGAUUCGGUGGCAUUGGCUCAAUACUUAAUCAACAUGAGAAUAUCAAUGGAAACAGCUGGCCUACCCAUACCGGGUUAUCACUACAUUGCACCGAAUGCAAUUGUUAAAACGCCAAUACAUUAAAUCGCCAAAUAAUGCAAAAACAAUAACAAAUAAACACAACAACAACGUGCGAAGAACGUAAAAAUACAUUUGUGCGCUCCAACAACUCCAACAAAGCAAAGCAAAACGCAUGAAGAGACAUAAAAAUAAUAAUAAUCGCAGUUGGAGUGCAAAGAGAGAGGGCAUGAGAGUUGAAAAGUCAUUGUCAACAAAGAGGAGCUGUGCAAAGAAAUUAAAUAAAUAAAUAAAAGAACAACAAAAAACACAGUAACAACAAAAAAUGCAACCAAUAAGCAAUAAAUAAUAAGUAUAAAAAUAAAAAUAUUAAAAACAAGUUUAGUUGAAGGGAGAUUGCAAGAAGAAACAAAAAGAAAACAAAAACAUAAGAAGAAAUUAAAAUAAAUAUUUAAUUCAAAAUUUUGUAUGUAUUAAAGAUGUCUGGUUUCACACACACACCUGCAGUACUUGCAAUGAGCAAUGUAAAGUUUUCAAUGCAAAUAUGAGCUAUACAAAAACAUACACAAUAUUGAUACAUUUAUUUUGUUGUACACAAAUUCAAUGUAAUUUUGUGCUGUUUUUCAUGUCAAGAAAAAUAAUGAAGUAGCAAAAUAGACUUAUGUACUACUUGAACACACACACACAUGCAUACACACAUAUACAAAGAAACAAACUUUAGCACUUUGUAGCUGUAGCGAACGCCAAAACACAGGAAAAAAUAGAGGUUUUAAAAUGCGCUUGGCGCAAAAUCAAUAAUUACAAAAAAGUUAAUGAAAAAUCAUUUGAGCAUAAUAUGUAUGUAAUAAUACAGCAAACCGUUAAUAAUAUUUAAGAAAAAAUCAUUUUACAUAUACAUAUAUUUUUUUCGUGAAGAACUACGAUAUUUACAUUUCAUGUAAUUUAUUGUUUCAGAAAACCAUAUUUUGUGUAUGAAAAAUCAACGUCUAAAAGCAGUGCAACAACACACCCACACACACAAGUGUUAUUGAAAAACAAAAAAAUAUUAUUUUUUUUUUUUUUGGAAACCGUGUAAUAUCACAUUCAUAUCGUAAAAGAAAUUGCUGCUGCAAAAAUAUUCAUAUCUUCAUGGGACAAAUCACUGCAAAUUCUACAAUAAAUAUUAUACAAACAACAAUAAAAACGAUAAUUGCAGGCAAAUAAUAAGCAAAAUGUGCAACAUAUACACAAAUACAUACAUAUGAAUGCAAAGCAAAGGCAAUAACGGCAGAGAAAACGUGUCAUAAUUACUUAGACACACACGAGAACAAACAAAUAAACAAACAUAUUUCUAAUAUUAAGCUAUUUACUAAUUUACCACACAUUUUUCAAGCAAACUUGCAUAGUACAUACAAAAAUAGAAUGCAAAUACAAUAAAAUAAAUACAAAGAAGAAGCGGCAGAAGAAUAGAAAAACCAACGCUGCAACGUUCGUUGCCACAUCUAUGAACUGUAAACAUUUCAUAACUAACAUAUCCGCUAAAAUAAAAAAGCAAAAACAAAAUGGAUGCGUGGCAAUAAAUAAAUAAAUAAAAAAAUGCAAGCAAAAAGCAAGAGGCGAAAAAAAGCAAAUGAAGUUAAUAACAAAAACAAAAAAAAAAAUGAAAGUAAAAAAUGUAGUUAAAGCAUAGUAAACAAUUUAUGAUAACUAAAGAAGUAAAGCAACAUUAGCUGAAAUUGCAUACAUACAAUACAUAAAUAAAUGUAUAGUUAUUACCCCAAACACUAAUUAUUUUGCUUUUGUUGUAGUUUUGUGUACUUUGCAGCCUGUUCACUAAAUGUAACUAUUUUCUAAUUGUUGCUGCUGCAUUACAUAAAUUUAUUGUUUUCAAAUUGUUAGUUAUACUGUAUACAUAUUUACACACACAACUUUUUGCUUCCUUAAGUUUUUGUUUAAAAAAAUUUAAGUGCUUAAUAUUUCGUCACAAGUGGUUAGUUUUUGUAAAAAUUGCGAAAGCUGCGCGAACGCUGUCGAUUGAUUAAGGCGCCAAAAAAAAGUCUAAACAUUUUUUCGGCAUAUUUUUAAUAUGUAGCAACGCUACUGCGCAAAGGAAGCCAUGCGUUUUUAAGAGCUUUCAUAUAUGUACAUAUGUAUCAGAAAAUAUUUUUUUCUUUUCCACAAAUAAGCUUUUCUUAUGAGAUGACGUAUCUUUCAAUGUAAACUCAGAAUAGUCCAAUUUCAUUGGAUCACAAGUUUCGCAAACGUCUGAGCUUUCGCUUUUUGACAAUUUCUUGCUGACAGAAAUUUCGAAACAGUUAAAAGUAACAUACAGCGGCAAACAGUUCAAAACUGGAUUUGCGUAAAGCUUUGAUUAUU